AGCUGGUGGAGAGAUAACCAGAGGCUAUAAGUGGCCCCACCGAUUGAAGUUAUGCUCCAGUUGCUCCAGUUUGUGAACCAUGAGAGGAAUCGGAAUUCAGCUAGCGGUCGCCUUGGCCUGCGGGCUUCUGGUGGUUUCCGCCGUAAACCUGCCCGGAGUCCCCAUACACUUCGAUAUGGACGAUAGUAUCCUGUCCGCCAUUGCAGAUGAUAUAUCUGAGCGUCUAGCCAAGGAGUACAUAACCUAUUUGAAGACCGGAGUGGAGACGCCGGAGUUCCUGAAGCUUACUAAUCAGCUGGCCAAGUCACACAGUCAGAAGGAUAUAUUCACCAGGAACAUGCCCGAUCUGGAACCCAGGGAUAGCUUCUUUGUGUGCGUAGCCUGCAGAUCAGUCAUGCGGGUUUUCAUCCGCACCAUUCGCGAUGAGGACGGCGAACUCCACGGGGAGAAUAGCUCGGUUCUAAUGAAGGAUUUCGCCAUGGAUGUGUGCCGUAGGCUGAACCUGCAGACGGAGGAGGUCUGUGAAGGUCUGAUUGAUUCCAACCUGCCCACCGUCGAGUACAUCAUGCGGAACUCCGAGAGCGAUUCCCAGAGCUUCUGCUCCCUGUUCAUGGAGUACAGCUUCUGUAAUGCCGGCUCGAAUGCGGAUUACAACUGGACUCUGACUGUGGACAAUACUGGAGAGGCCUUGUCUGGCCCCAAGUCCGACACCCCUACCUAUAGCGAGUCUGAUAUCAGGAUCUGCCAGUUCACUGAUAUCCACCACGAUCCCUUAUACACGCCCGGAAGUCUGGCCACCUGCGCGGAACCCAUGUGUUGCCAGAGGAACAAGGAGACAACCGAGGGAACCAGCGAUGCUGCCGGAUAUUGGGGCGAUUACAGGGACUGUGAUCUGCCGUGGCACGCCUUUGAAUCCGCCCUGGAUCACGCAGUGGCCAACACCAAAUGCGAUUAUGUAUAUCAAACUGGAGAUAUUGUGGACCAUAUGGUGUGGGCCACUUCUGUGGAGAAGAACACUGAAGUGCUGACCAAGGUCAGCCAGCGCCUCAACGAGGCUUUUGGUGAUGUUCCCGUCUAUCCCUGCAUUGGAAACCAUGAGCCUCAUCCUCUGAAUCUCUUCAGUCCCGAGGGUGUUCCAGAUGAGAUCAGCACCAAGUGGCUUUACGAACAUCUGUACAACGACUGGUCCAAGUGGCUGCCCGUAGAGACCAAGGAGACGAUCCUCAAGGGAGGUUACUAUACAGUGGUGCCCAAGAAGGGUUUCCGUAUCAUCGCUCUGAACAGCAACGAUUGCUAUACGGAUAACUUCUGGCUGUAUCACAGCGGCACGGACAAGAUUCCCCAACUCCAGUGGUUCCACGAUACCCUUUUGGAGGCCGAAAAGGCCGGCGAGUACGUCCAUGUGCUGACCCACAUUCCAUCGGGUGACGGAACCUGCUGGUCUGUGUGGGCUCGAGAAUUCAACCGCUGCAUCACUCGCUUCAGUUCCACUAUUAGUGGUAUCUUCACUGGACACUCGCACAAGGAUGAACUCUUUGUCUACUACUCGGAGGAAGGAGGACAUGCCACGGCCGUUGCCUGGAACGGUGGUGCCGUUACCACCUAUUCCAACAAGAACCCCAACUACAGGGAGUACGCAGUAAAUCCCGAAACCUUCACUGUAACCAACCAUUGGACUUGGAUUUACAAUCUCACGGAUGCCAAUCUGAAACCGGAUGAGCAGCCCGAGUGGUUCUUGGAGUACGAGUUCAUCAAGGAGUUCACCGAGGACACGAGUCCUGCCGGCAUUGACAAACUGCUCGAUCAAUUCGCCGAGAAUCCCGCCCUGAUGAGGAAGUACUGGCGAUUCCGUGUGACCUCUGCAGAUCCUCAGGUGAAUGGAGGAUGUGAUCGCACUUGCUUGGCAGGAUCUUUGUGUCGUGCUGCUGUGACCAUCAAUUCCCAGACAGGACGAUGCGAGGAACUGCGGGAAAAGCUGUUUGCCUCUCUGGAUAACGAGGAAAACACCUCAUCUGGUGGCGAUGAACCCACGACUCCAGGACCCAGCAGCAGCACUCCAGGUGAUGAAGAUGACAACGGAGGCGGCGGGUCCUCCACUUUGGGACUGCUCAGCAUCAGCUCCUUGCUGGCCAUCGUCCUCUCCAUCCGUCUUAGCUUCUAGAAACCCUCAUUUGUACCCCCUAAGUUAUAUAAGCAAAUGGAUUCCAUUCCAAAAGUUACCACUCUCAAGUGGCAAAUAGAAGUACGCGCUUAUCCCUAUCGAA